AUGGCUUAUGCUGCACUCAUGCCGCAAGAAGAGAAGGCCAGUGCCGCCGAAGUCGUAGCUGCUGCCGAGGCCCUCUUCAGCUUUAACAAGAAUCCAGACUUUUGUAAACCCUUUUGGGAAACGACGAUCAAACCCUCAACAGCCAAGGAGAAUGCGCCGAAAAUCGCGAACGGGCGGACACCACUGCCGCUCGCCCCAUCAGAGCGUCGGCUACAAUCAUCUAAGCCCGCCGCAAUGUCAGAGACGGCGACGAAGUCUUCUGCGGCCUCGCAGGAUGCAUUCAAGCCAGAGCGGGCAGCAGAGCCCAAGAGAGAGACAAAGCUGGAGACCGCGCCGGCCAACGUUGCGGUCCCACAGCAUACACUACAGGCCCCGUCUGAGGAGGCCGUGGAGCCAGAGUUGAAGAAUGCCGCUGAAAAGAAGGAUCGGGUACCGUGCUUCUGCUCAAAGUGCAAAGGUCGUCGCAAACCCGUUUCCCAACACACCAUAACGGAGCACGCCCGGGCUGAGGAGUACCACAGGAAUGGCGAGGAGAAAAUCGACAAGUGCGAAAAGUGCCGCAAAUUCGACUGGCCCUGCGUAGCCGUGGGAGACGGUCCUUGCUCAUCGUGUACAUGGAUCAAGGAAAAGUGCCCGAGAGACCACGGCAUCGCCCCGCCCGACGGCAAUGUACUUGGGCAAUCCACCGAGGUCAUGGUCGGUGAGACACAACAAAAAGCAACGAAGCCCAAGCAGGCCAAACGAAAAGCUUUGGAGCCCAUGGAGGGUCCAAAGAAGGCACAGAAGCUGACAGGCGGGCGCAGACUCACCUUCGCCGAGAACGUCAAGGUGGAGCCGCGACAGCCCUCCCUCUCUCCAUAUAGUGUGAAGGCGAUAGACGGCGGAAACAACAUACCUGUUGUCGGUGCCCCCCCUAAUCCCUGUAUGUGGACGGCCGUCAACUCGUAA